CUCUGUAUUCAGUCACUAGACAAGUUCUCGGUCAACAAGUGUAGAGAAUAGUGAGUGAUACAAGGUGGGUCUUUUCUUAGAGCCCAGCUGACCCCCAAAAGGUGCGUUACCUUAUUCGUAAAGGUACUUCGAGACAGAGAGGGACAGUUUGAUGAGAGGACAGACAUGAGGACAAACUAACUUCUUUCAUCACACACCCUGUCCUCAGGACCAAGGCGGAUUCAGUAGACCAGAGGCUUGAUGUUCGUCUCCUGAAGACCAGAAGACUUGGUUUGAUUUGGCCUCCUUGUUGUUGCCAAUCAGAGUGAUCCGUUUUUGUCACUCUGUUUUGGGAUACACAUAUUUCUCAGGAGUUGGUGUUCGUGUAAAGCUUUCCUCCUGGAUUACUUGUGGAGAUUAGUGAUGGGGAAUGCGGCUGCAGGGAGCCUGGAGCAGGAACAGACUGAGGGCCGAGAGGCCAGGAACUCAGUCGGAGGAGCUUCAGGAAUGGGUGACCCCGCUCCAACCUUACAGAAGAAGCAGCCGGCUCCCCCCAAACUGCCCAUGCCCCCAGAGGAGGAGCUGGAGGAACGCUUCAAUGUGGUGCUGAGCUACAUGAACUUGCCUCCAGACAAACUGAAGCUGUUGAGCCAGUAUGACAAUGACAAGAAGUGGGAGUUAGUCUGCGAUCACGAGCGUUUCCAGGUGAAGAGCCCCCCCUCCACCUACCUGGCUAAGAUAAAGAGCUUCUACCAGGAUCAAGGAGGGGUGUCUCGCAGGCUUAAGAAAAGGAUUCAAGAUGCCACCCAGGUCCUUAAAGAUUUGGAGAUUUCCCUUCGCACCAAUCACAUUGGAUGGGCUCAAGAGUUUCUCAACGAGCAGAACAAAGGUUUGGAUGUUCUCGUGGAAUACCUGUCCCAUGCACAAAGUGCCGCCUCGUUUGAUGUGGAGAGUGUUGAAAAUGGUGGCACCCUGUCAGAAAGAGAGAAACCAGCAGAGAGGUCGAUGGAAGACUUGACCAAGAGCUCCAGCGGCUCUCACUCACACGGGAUGACCAGAGCUGCUCGUGCCCUGACUAUAAGAAUCAGCUCCACUCUGGGGAACAAGAUAAAUAAGAAGUCCCAAUCAUCCAACCAAAGAGAUGAUGUACAUGUGUGCAUAAUGUGCCUGCGAGCCAUCAUGAACUACCAGUCUGGUUUUAACCUGGUGAUGACUCACCCGCACUGCGUGAACGAGAUCACCCUCAGCCUCAACAGCAGGAAUCCCAGGACCAAAGCCCUUGUGUUGGAGUUGCUGGCCGCAGUGUGUCUCGUCAGAGGAGGACACGACAUCAUUCUGUCUGCUUUUGACAACUUCAAAGAGGUGAGCAGAGAAAUGAACCGCUUUGAGAAGCUGAUGGAGUACUUCAUCAAUGACGACAGCAACAUUGACUUCAUGGUGGCUUGCAUGCAGUUCAUAAACAUUGUGGUCCAUUCAGUGGAGAACAUGAACUUCCGUGUUCAUCUUCAGUUCGAGUUCACUCAUCUCGGGUUAGACAAGUAUCUUGGGCGUCUGAAGCAAACAGAGAGCGAGAAGCUGCAGGUCCAGAUCCAGGCCUACCUGGACAAUGUGUUGGAUGUAGGCGCCCUGCUGGAGGAUGCUGAGAACAGAGGAGGGGUGCUGGAGCAUGUGGACGAACUGCAGGAACAUAAUGUACAGCUGAGUGCCCGGCUUCAGGAGGUUGAGAAUCAGACGGCAGAGAGAAUAUCUGAACUUGAGACUCAGCUCAUGCAGGCCACCAAGGAGACUGAGCUGCUCAAAGAAAGCCUGCGAGAGUCCUGUUCCCAGGUCAGUGCCUUGCAGCAGAGACAACGAGAGUGGGAGCUGGACAGGGAGAGGGAGAAGGACAGGGAGCGUCUGAGCACCUCCGCCCCUCCGACCGCUUCGGAGCUGGAGCAGAAGAUCCAGGAACUGCAGGACAAGGGGAUGAUCCGACUGGGACGCAGUGCCUCCGGAGGCCUGGACAUCCAGGUCGUGCCCGUCACGGUGGUGGAAUACGUCCAAGCCCCGGCCUCAACCGCACAGCCCAGUGCUCCGUGCUCCGUCACUGACUCCCCAUCAUGCAGCCUUCCUGGCUCUGCCCCUCCUCCACCUCCCCCUCCUCCUGGUUGUGGCGCUGUGCCCCCACCUCCUCCUCCUCUACCCGGUUCUGGACCACCACCCCCUCCUCCCCUACCCGGUUCUGGACCACCACCUCCACCUCCCCCGCCUGGUUCUGGACCACCACCUCCACCUCCCCCACCUGGUGGUGGACCACCACCUCCACCUCCCCCACCUGGUGGUGGACCACCACCUCCACCUCCCCCACCUGGUGGUGGACCACCUCCUCCUCCUGGAGCACUAAACACUCAACCUGGGGUUAAGAGCAAGAAGCCCAUUCAGACCAAGUUUAGGAUGCCGUUGUUAAACUGGCAAGCCUUAAAACCAAACCAGGUGACGGGCACCGUCUUUAACGAUCUGGAUGACGAGCAGGUCUUAGAGGAGUUGAACAUGGAUAUGUUUGAAGAACAUUUUAAGACUAGGGCCCAGGGUAAUACAACAGACCUGUCCAAUAUCAAGAAGAAGGUGGUCCAGAAGGCCCCCAGCAAGACGUCCUUGAUUGACUGCAAUAAGGCCAAGAAUCUGGCCAUCACUUUACGCAAGGGAAUUAACCCGUCUGAUAUUUGCACCGCCAUAGAGACGUAUGACCAGGAGUCUUUGUCCAUAGACUUGGAGUUACUCGAGCCCUUCAUACCAUCAGAUUUUGAGAUGAAGCUGCUGCUUAACUAUGAGAAGGAUGGCCGCCCGCUGGAGGAGCUUGCCGUCGAGGAUCAAUUUAUUUUACGCUUUGGGAAGAUUCCUCGUCUGAAGCAGCGAAUAAGCACUCUCACUUUCAUGGGCAACUUCUCGGAUACUGUCAAACGCCUGCAGCCGCAACUGAACUCUCUCAUUGCUGCGUCCAUGUCUAUCAAGUCUUCAACCAAACUGAAAAAGAUCUUAGAGAUUGUUCUCGCCUUUGGGAACUAUAUGAACAGCAGUAAGAGGGGAGCAGCGUACGGUUUCCGGCUGCAGAGUCUCGACCUUCUGUUGGAGACCAAGUCUACUGACCGCUCGCAGACGCUGCUUCACUUCAUCACCAGCAGCGUCCAGGAAAAAUACCCAGACUUGGCCAACUUCCACACGGAGCUCCACUUUGUAGACAACGCAGCGCUUGUGUCAUUGGACGGCAUUCUGCAGGAUAUCCGCUCAUUGGAACGGGGAAUGGAAAUGACCAAAAAGGAAUUCCUGGUGCAGGAUGACAGCCGCGUGCUGAAGGAGUUCAUCAAAACCAACAGCGAGCAGCUGGAAACUUUGAUCAAAGACAGCAAGACAGCACAGGAGGCAUACGGUUCUGUGGUGGAGUAUUUCGGAGAGAAUCCCAAAACCACGCAGCCUUCCAUGUUUUUCCCGAUGUUUGGACGCUUGAUAAAGGCCUAUAAGAUAGCGCAGCAAGAGAUUCAGCGGAAAAAGAAAAUGGAGCGUGAGAGCAGUGAGGAAAAAGUGUCACCAUCUCCGAACAAGGCCGGGGCACAAAAGAUGCCCCAGAUGGACCUGAUAGCAGAGCUGAAGAAGAGGCAGGUGAAACCUCAGGUACGCGAGGGGAAGGACGGCGCCCUGGAGGACAUCAUCACAGAUUUGAGGAACACACCAUACAGGCGGACAGAUGGUCGACGGCCAGCCCAGCGCCAGGACACUUAAGCCACUUCUGUAACUGGUAUCGCACUCAUGCAUACAUACGGAAGAACACGCUUCAUAAUGUUCUGUAUAUAGAGGAUUUUAACAGGUAUCAUUAGCCAUAUGGCAGUGUGUGUAACAUCUCCGUGUGAAGUUGCUGUGUAAAUACAAUUUGAACUUGUUCAUGUUUUUAAUACAGUAUAAUAAAUAUCAAAUUAUUUCUGUGGCGGCUAACAGCUUUGAAUGCUCUUUUUUUUGUAGUGUUGUUACCUAUUGAGUCAUAAAUAAAACAUUUUAAAAAACA